AUGGCCACCCUCCGCUGCGACGCGUCCGUCCUCGGCGCCGUGUCUUCCGCUGCUUUUGCUGGCCGUCAAAACCUUCAGGCGCAACGCGGCGAGGCGCGCGUGGUGUGCAAGAAGGAGGGCAUCCACCCCAAGUUCUAUAAGGAGUCGAAAGUGUUCUGCAAUGGCGAGGAGGUGAUGACCACCAUGGGCACGCAGGAGAAAUACGUCGUCGACGUCUGGUCAGGCAACCACCCGCUGUUCCAGGGCAGCAAGAACACGCUGCUGACGGAGGCGGGGCGAGUGGACAAGUUCAACCAGCGGUACGGCGCCCUCGGCACCAUGUCCAAGAUCCCCGUCCUCGAUAAGGGCGAAAUCGUUAUUGUUAAGAAGUCCAAGGCGCCGGCCAAGAAGGGCGGCAGGAGAUGA